AUGGCACCGCUGGACGCCGUCAUGCCCGAAGACCUCCGCGCGGAACACACGCGCAACACGGUGGAGUACAUGAAGAACCUGGCGCCGCCGCGGAUUACCACGCGCGCGGACGGCGGCGCGUCCAAGACGCAGAUGGAGGCGGCGCGGUGGAGGGAGGAGGCGGCGGCGAAGGAUGACGCGACGAGGGCCAGGGAUGCGUUAAAGGAGGAUGAGACGGCGCGAUUGGAGCGGGAGCGGCUCGCGUCCGCGUGGCGGGUGUUCAAGUACGAUACACAACCGUCGGGUGCCGAGGAUAGAGGAGGGGCCGCGAGCGGGGACGGGGACGACGUGAUGAUUUCGGGAUGA